AUGGAUUCUGAUUUGCAGUACGUAUACGAGCAGUAUGUUGAGUCGUCUGACGGCUCGUCGGACGAGGAGGAGUACUCCGAUGAGACGGCGAUGAUGCAGGCGGUCCUUGAAGACGCGGAGCGUGCGGAGAAGUAUGUUCUCAAUUUCAAUGGCUCGAUCAAGGGCCAUCGAGUGCUCAACCACAACAGGGCGCGCGGGCAUUUGCCACUGAUGGCCAACUACUUUUCCCCAGAUGCACUAUCUGCUGACCAUUUUCGUCGGCGUUUUCGGAUGCGCAAGACUAUCUUCGAUCAUUUGUAUCAUGGCGUCCGGUCCUAUGAUGACUACUUAAUCCUUAAGAAGGACGUCUUGGGAACGAUUGGCUUCUCUGGUUACCAGAAGUGCACGAGCGCACUCCAGAUGCUUUCAUAUGGCACAGCCGCUGAUUCGUGGGACGAGUACCUACGGAUGUCUGAGAGCACAUGCAGAGAUGCCAUGGUCAGGUUUGCAACUGCCGUGGUUGAGGUGUACGGACCUCAGUACAUGAAAGAACCAACUGUGGCAGACACGGAGAGGCUCGUGGAAAUCUCAGAAGCAAGAGGGUGGCCAGGUUUACUUAGAUCUCUUGACUACAUGCAUUGGAAAUGGAAGAACUGCCCGAAGGCUUUACUAGGGCAAUAUUAG